AUGACUUCAUUUGCAGAUGUUUCGAAGCAAGUCCAUUUAAUAGACGAUUUGAUAUUGGCUGAAAUGAUUUGUGGUAAAAAGGACUAUUGUGACGAAUCUAUCGAGUUCAGUAAGCACUUGCUUCUCACAAAAUUCUGGUUCAUGAGGGUGUCCUGGAAGAAUAAGCGAAAGUUUCUCUUGCUACUCCUUGAUGACAUAAGAAGUGUUUGGACGCUAUCGUUGCUGUUAAAAUCCAUUUGGAAUUGUAGACCUAAGGAUGCGGUAUCCUCAUUUUGCGAGAAACCAAUUUGGAGCAGUUACGAUCAAGUCCCAAUGGACAACAACAGAACGGCUUUGCCAGAAUCGAUGGUACAAGAAGCAAUCACAAACGAUCGCAAUUGGUUUUCAAAACUUGAACCUGACCAGCAGGCGUUAGUCAUAUCAGAACUUCUUACUGUAUCUGGAGGUCCUAUUAUGUGGGAAUUACUUUGGAUGGCCAAAAAAAUAUACAACAAACAUCGAGAACAACAAUUAGAGGAGAUUUUAGAAUGUAACGUUGUCAAUGAAGCGGAAAAAGCUAAGCCCGUUGCGGUUGAACAAUUGGAUAUAGCGUUAGCAUCAUGGAAUACUACUGUCAAGACAAUUCGCGAUGCUUUGAAAUUAGAAGAAAUCGAAGUCACUCACAAAGAUGAAAGUAAAACAACUAUCUGGAAAGUUAAUAGAUAUAAGCCAGACAAUAUGGAAACUGUAGAUUUUUUGCAGCUCUUACCAUCGGUAAUAGCCAAGAGAAUCCUUCUUUAUGUCCCACAAACGCAAUACGGUGACUUGUCCCGAGUUAAUAAGUAUUGGGCUUUUCUUAUCGAUGAGAUAAAACUGGAAUUGCUGGCUAGACAAAAGAUCAACAUGGAUCUAGAGAAGUUGCGAGACAUUAUUCAGCGACACAAUAACGAUGUAGGUGUGGCGAAGUCCGACUCCGAAGCUGAAUGGAUGUCAGCCUUAACUUCAUACACGAAGCCAACAAGUGUUGUUACAAAAUCACUUCCGUCAUUUGGUUGGAAUAGAGUGAAAGUGAGGAAACCCGUGUCAAGUACGUUCAAGCCUUUAAAAAAAAUGUCAGACUUGAAUAAAAGGCUGGAGCAACGCGGAGCUACGGAUGAAAAUAUUUGGAAAUGGUGUCGAAACGUUCUGAAGCUACAAAAAAUACUUAACGAAGGAAACUCUGACGACAAGCAAGAAAAUGAAGGCAUCUUGCCAUUGGAAUUAAAUUUUCCUUGCCCACUCAUGGUUCAAAAGUUUAAAAUACCGUUAGAGUAUCCUCUUUUAAUGGACCCCACGUUGAAGAUUAAUACAAAAGCGGUUAAAAAUAAGCGAUGCAACCAUUGGAACAAGGAUCUUUCCCACCUAUAUCCAGUUACCAAAAUACCUAGCUAUUUGUCAGUUUUCUAUGAAGCCAAGUAA